ACAAUCACUACCUGCACUACGUUUGAGUUUUAUAAUUUAACCGCUGCACACUGACCAUAUCCCAGGCUCUUAGGGGAGUUCAUGUGCCCCACAGCUCCAUAAAAUAUUGGUAUCUUGAAUUAUUGCAGAAAUAUGUGUUGUUAUCCAUCAUGGAAGAAUAUAACUAAAGCACUAUGACUAAUUUCUACAGUAUUUCUGUAUUACAUUUUUUUCUAAAUGAAAUUCUUUAUUUACAUUGACAUCAGCUAUUUAAGAUAUCUCAGGACAAAAUAUUUCGGGUCAAGGCAAUGGCAUUGAAGGACGCAUAUAAAAGCCUUGCAUCUCCGUGCGUGUGGGAUGAACUGCACAGAGCCCCUUGGUCGUCAUAACAGAUGAAUGACAGUUACCGCUGCCGGUUGCCUUAAGAUUGCUAAAGCUGCUGGCGAUGGAGUGGAUUUUUUGUUCGUUUGUACUUUUCGUGGUCGCGCUCACCGCGCUGCUAAUAAAAGUGCGAAUCCAGAAGGCUCUGAAGGAUACGCGACCCCCAAGCCUUCCCUCGUUCCCCAUCAUCGGGAGUAUUCUCAGUUUGAGAAGCGAGCACCCGCCGCACGUGCUGUUUCAGGAGCUGCAGAAGAAGUACGGUGAAACCUAUUCGCUAAGGAUGGGCUCCCACGACGUGAUCAUCGUCAACAGCCACCAGCAUGCGAAGGAAGUGCUCCUGAAAAGAGGCAAAACCUUUGCAGGGAGACCGAGAACCGUCACGACAGACAUUCUGACGAGGGAUGGGAAGGAUAUUGCAUUCGCAGAUUACAGUGCCACAUGGAGGUUCCACAGAAAAAUGGUGCAUGGAGCUCUGUGUAUGUUCGGAGAGGGAUCAGCAUCCAUCGAACAGAUAAUCUGCAGGGAGGCCAGCUCCAUGUGUCAGGCCCUAGUGGAGCUGCAGAGUACUGCGGUCGACCUGGCUCCAGAGCUGACCCGCGCUGUCACCAACGUGAUCUGCGCACUCUGCUUCAGCUCCUCCUACCAGCGCGGGGACUGCGAGUUUGAAGCCAUGCUGCAGUACAGCCAGGGCAUAGUGGACACCGUGGCCAAGGACAGCCUUGUGGACAUCUUCCCCUGGCUGCAGAUAUUCCCCAACAAAGAUCUAAAAAUCCUGAAGCAGUGUGUGACUGUUCGAGACAGCCUGCUGCAGAAAAAGUAUGACGAGCACAAGGCGGAGUACAGCGAUGACACGCAGCGGGACCUGCUGGACGCGCUGAUCAGAGCCAAGCGCAGCGCGGAGAACAACAACACCAGCGCGACGCCGAGCCUGGGCCUGACCGACGACCACCUGCUGAUGACCGUGGGGGACAUCUUCGGGGCCGGCGUGGAGACCACCACCACCGUGCUCAAAUGGGCCGUCGCCCUGCUCAUCCACCACCCCCAGGUGCAGAAGAAGAUUCAGGAAGAGCUGGACAGUAAAAUCGGGAUGAACAGACACCCAAAAUUAAGUGACAGAGGCAACCUGCCGUAUCUUGAGGCCACCAUCAGGGAGGUGCUGAGAAUCCGGCCGGUGUCGCCCCUCCUCAUACCCCACGUGGCCCUCGCUGACUCCAGCAUUGGGGAGUACACAGUUGGAAAAGGGGCCAGAGUCAUCAUUAAUCUAUGGUCCCUGCAUCAUGACGAGAAAGAGUGGAAGAACCCGGAGAUCUUUGAUCCCACCCGCUUUCUGGACGAGGAGGGCAGCAACCUGUGCUGUCCCUCGGAGAGUUACCUACCGUUCGGGGCUGGAAUCAGGGUGUGUCUCGGGGAGUCCCUGGCGAAGAUGGAGCUGUUCCUCUUCCUCGCCUGGAUCCUGCAGCGCUUCACAUUGGAGGUUCCCCCGGGCCAGACCCUGCCGGACCUGGAGGGCAAAUUUGGGGUGGUCCUGCAGCCGCAGAAGUACAAAGUCUGCGCACAGCUCAGGCCAUGCUGGGCAGAGAACCAAACUGAUGGCUAACUCCACAACAAGCAGGGCCAAAGAGUCCAACCCACUUAUGACAUCACAAUAGGUUGGGCCAUAUAAAACCCAAUCUGUUGCUGACAUCACAACCCACUGCUUACAUCACAAUAGGUUGGGCAAUGUAAAAGCCAACCUGCAGCUGACAUCACACAGGGCAGCGCCAAAGAACCCAAUCCUCUGCUUACAUCACAAUGGGUUGGGUCAAAAAGACCCAACCUACUGCUAACUAUCCUGGGCAUGUAAGUGGGCAGUCAUGCCACAGGGCGACAAUACCAGCCACUGUAGCAAUAAUAUGUAUAUACAUAUAUAUCAUUUUUGUCUUCUUUGGACAGAACAGGGAUGUUGUUCUUGCACUAAGAACAUAUCCCUGUUGGAAUUUUUCACAAAGUAUGAUGUAAUUUUUAAAAUUCUUUUUAUAAUUUUCAAAUGAUAAACAGAUGGGAGAUGCUUUUGCUCCAGGAGAAUAGAAGAAAAGAUCUGUGACAUUCAGUUCAAUGCCUUUUUUAUUUAUCUUGCAGUUAUUAAUUUGUCAUUCAGUUGACACAGGAGCUGUGUUCAAGGAUCACUAAUGAAACAUACUUUGGAAAAAAUUUGGUGUGCUGUGUGAUGUCAUUCUCAUUACAUUAGUGAAGCUGAAUGUCCACAUCUGUCCUUCCAUUGACAAGGGCUUUGCUUCUGUUAAAUGACCACUUCUGUAUGCAGGACCCUGACUUACCUUUGGCUGUAGGAAGAGAUUAGAUAAGAAAUCAAAUAUUUGGCCGUGACAGUGUAACAUAUUGUAAGCGCACACACACACCUGCACACACCUAAGUACCCACACACGGACACAUACACACAAUUAUUUUAAAAUAUGAUCAGAUUGUUAAAAUUCUUUCAAAUGAAUAGGGAGCAACUGGUGGCAGAUGUAAAGUUGAAGAGUGCAUACUGAAGGAAACCUAUUCUGAAUUUGCUGGAAGGUUCUGGAAGAUUACAGAUGAAAGGUCAAAGGUCAAGUUAGGCUGCCUGGUUCAUGUACAUUCCUAUGAUGUAAUCUGUCAAUAAUUGAUUACAGCUGUCCCAUUCUCCCCUUUGCUCGCACUGCAAAAUAACAAGCUCGCCAUUCAACUGCAAUUCUACUCCACCCAUCAGUCCAACAGCUAAAAAUAAAUGGUGUCAUUUACCGUACACAGAACUACAGGGAAACAUAAUAGACACAAUAAACACAGUAUUACUCAA